AUGAAUCGGAAAUGUCAAACUUUGCCGAGAUUUGAACGUCGGUACGAGCCGCUGAUGGCGAGACACGCGCGACCUGGACGAACGUUGAGACAACACGACAGCGACGACGAGGACGACGACGACGACGGCGACGUACUACGUGUCGCGACGAUGACGGCAAUAACAGCGGCAGCGACGGCAGCGACGGCAGCAGCUGCGGCGGCGGCGGCGGCAGCAGCGGCGACGGCGGCAGCGGCGGCGGCGGCGGCGGUGGCGGCUACGGCAAUGGCGACGUACGUCGGAGCGACAGCAAACACGACGACGUCGUUGAUGUACGAUCGGCGUUUGAACGGAAACGGAAUGAAAAUUGUGUCAACAUCAAAUAUUGAAGGGAAGUGGCAACUCAAUCAACGAGUCCUAUAGAGUCUACCAGCCAUUAUGGACCUGAU